AUGGCCUCCAGCCUCGUGCUCGUCGCUCUCGCCAGCGGCUGCCUGUCAGCAGCUCUUGCGGGCCAGUGCACUCCUCACGCGUUGGACUUCAUCGUGCUGGAGGGCGAUCCGCUGAUGGCCCAGAUCGAAGACGAUAUCGUGGCGGACCUCGCGAAGGUGGGCGUGACUGUGACCACCAGGUUCCUGCCCAAAGAGGAGUUCAAUGCGGCAAUGCAGGCGGGAGAUUUUAACUUGUGCUUCACCGAGUCUUGGGGCCCGCCCUACGACCCGCAGAGCUUUGCCACUGGCUGGUUCAGACCCGGGAACGAGGCACACUACCCUGCCAUGCAAAAGAUGGAGCCCCCUAUGACGUUUACCCAGAUGGAGACGCUGGUCACAAACGUGCUCUCCGUUGAGAACGCCGUGGUGCGGCAGGAGAAGUGGACCGAGAUCCUGCUUGAGAUGCACCGGCAGGCCAUCUCCGCCCCGUUGUGGUCGCGCCGCGUUCCGGCCAUUUGGAACAGGCGGUUACAGGGCUACAUCUCUGGCAACCAGCAGUACGACUACCCGAUGCACAACUUCGUAGUUGACUCCGGCUCCAACUCGGUCACGGUGGCUCCUGGCGCACAGACGGGCCUCUUCGUGACCACGGGCCCCAUGGACCCGCACAGCUACCGCCCAAACGAGUUUUUUAUCAGCAACUCGAUCUACGAGGGCCUCGUAUCUUACGGCGACAACGGUGUCAUCGAAUUCAGCUGGCUACCGCAUGGGAGGUCUCAGACACCAACUCGGGAGGCCAAAAGUAUCGCUUCACGCUCAGGACCGGCGUCAAGUUCCAUGACGGUACCAGCUUCGAUUGCGCAGCUGUGA